AUGGACCAGUUUAAGCAGCCAUUGGAGGGCAUCUUCCGCGACGGUAUCCCUGCACCGGUUCUUCGCGCCUUUGCGCCGCUGUACCAGGCUCUUCCGUCGCUCCAAGAUGCCGUUACAUCCAGCCGUGACUGUUACUACUGGCGUGCGAAUCCUCUCAAAUGUGUAGACGAAGAUGUGCAAACCGUAACAGCAUUUAUGCAGGCGAGUGAAGCUUCAUUCCGCCUCUGCCCGCAGCAAAGCGCCACCCUGCUCAAGUGUCAUAUGACGGAACCCGCCAAGGCGCUCUUCUUUUGCCGUGACGAAGAGUGGGAGUGGCGCACAUGUCUGAUGGACCAGACUGGCAUUCGCUUCUGGCCCUACGCCAACGCCCCAGUGGGUGCUCCGUGGAGUAAUGGCGGCCAAACCGAAGACUUCCAUCUCGAAGACCGGUUCUUUUACGAAAAUUUUUCUUGGUGGAGGCGCAAGGCGUCGAUGCUUGCAGUGCGGCAGCGCGAGCUAGAGGUGCAGUCCCAGCGGAAACACUGGCUAGACGAGCAGAAGCAAAGUAGUAGCGCAGACUCGGCGCAAUCGCUACUGCCGCCUAAACCGACCCUUGCCCCUAUAGGAAUUGACACAAACAUCAAUUAG